CUAGUCCAGACAGUUGCUGGAGUAAACAUGAAUUGAUUGAUGUUAUGUAUCCUGUUUGCUUCAUAAAUCAGAUUGCUAAAUCAGACAUUUUUGUAUUAAUUAAGAGAAAUGUCUAAUUUCAGUCUUUUUAGACUGUGCUCAGAGGAGUUAGGAGUGGAGGGAAUUGUGUGGGGGUGGUUUAUUUGGCUGGAUCUGUUGUGGGUUUCAGAAGAGCUGUGAGCAGAGUUGGGGUGAACGUGCAAAGACAAGACUUUGGUCCUGGUUUCCAGAGGGGAAGGUGCCAGCCCUGAGGGUCUCUGUGAAGGGCUCAGCAGUGAGAUAUGAUUGAUAAGGGACUUUUUUGUAGUGGUUGCCAUGAUAUCAAAUUGUUGCCUGCCAAAAUAUUUAUAGGUGUUAAGAAGGAUGAAAGGAAUGGUCACCCUUCACACAGUGUUGAGGGGAAAACACCAAAAUCCAACAACCUCCCUCUUUUUUUCUUUUUUUUUUUUUUUUUUUUUUUUUUUUUCUGUUUGUGUUUUCUGACACAGUGCCUGCUUUGGACAACCCCUUCCCUGUGCCACUGCAAUGCCCACAACAAAAGCAACUUCUGGAAAGGACAGAGGAAAUCUGCCCUGGCUGGGAUCCUGGCCUCCUUCAACCUGGAGCUGCUGGAGCUGGACACAGAGCUACGGCACGGGGGAGAUCUCCUAGAAAAAUUCAUCAAGGAUCUUUCUGUAGCCUAUAACAAAUACCUGACAGGAGAAAAGUUGUGUCCCCCAGAUCAUGAACGUUCCUGGCAGCCAAACUUGCCCCCGGGGCAGUGCAAUGUGAGCAGCUCACAGAACGUGGAGGUGGUGUACAGGUAUUCUGAUGUUUUCGAGCUGGUAACAAGAUUUUUAAAUCAGGCAGAACAAGAAAGGCCCAAAGCUGCUGCUGUCAUGCUGCUGGGAGCAGCUAAACAGAUUGCCCUGCACAAAGAUCCUGCUCUGCUGAAGAGCUGUCAGAACCUUGGCCACACGGCUUCCCUAAGGAUUGCUGUCCCAUUUCUGUUCCAAAGGAUCACAACCCGACUUCAGCGGAUGCUGGUGUUGUGUGACUUCCCAAAAAUUCUGUAUGAGAAGUUUGUUGAAUAUUUUCAGUCCAUCUCCCUUCCCUGUCACUGCUAUGCCUUCUCAAACAGCUUGAAUGUUUUGCCCUGGGACCACAUGUUACUGACCACAGUUUUAAAAGGCCAGAACAUCACUGGGCAGAGGAGACAGAAAGGAAGGAAAAUGUUCCUGUGGGAAGCACUCCCUGUUGUGGAGGCUCGAGUGGAGAAACUGCUGGAGAAAAAAAAGUAUAAGGAAGUUGUUCGGUACCUGAGAGCUGUGAAAUGCAAUGAAAACCAAAGGAUCACCCCCUGCCAGUUCAAGGUCUACCUCAAGAUCUUCAGGACAGGCUAUGUUCCCUCUGGGAAUGAUGUGCUGGAGACAGGGCCCUGGGUUACAGCUGGCUCUCCCCUGAAGGACACUGUGAUAAUUAAGCAGGCACUCAAAAUGCUCUACAGCAGCGAGGCACUCUACAGGAAUGUGAAUUUCACUUUGUAA